AUGGACAUCACAGGCUCAGAUGUACACGUCAAGGAUUCGCCUAGUAAAGCAGAUGUACAGCUCACCGGGGCAAAUGAAACAAUGAAAGACGAUGAAUAUGAAGAUGUCAACAUCAGUGCAUUGGUAGGACUGGAUACCCCAUUGGAAGAUUUCAAGGCCGCCCUCGCCAGUGGAGGAGAUAUCGUAUCUGAGGCUGUCGCGCAACUAUCGGAUGUCAUCAAACAACUUGCCCUUGCCAAGCAUUUCCCUAACAGGCGGAAAAACGAACUAUUGGAGGCAAUGAAAUUCCUGAGAGAGACAUGUUUGAUGGAGGACGAAAUUGUGGCUUGGAACGAAUUUAUACGUGAAUUAAAGCAGGCCUGCCUAUCAACCACCGAGCCUGGUAAUAAACCGUUCUGGGAAGCUGUCAAGAAGUUGGGUAAUGCAAUGACCCUUAUUGGAAAAUCAGAAGCCACUAAAGCUUUCAAUCCGGAAGGAGCGCUUACCUCCCAAGCAAGUGUAAGGUCCACAGACUGGCCAUUUGAAAUUUCGCAGAUCCACUCCAACAUUCCUUCUCUCGCUCCAUCCGCCCCCACAAGGGCGCUAGUACUCUCGGAUGG